GUACAUGCUGUGUGGUGUAUAAACAAAGAAGUAUACGGUAUCACGCGACGCUAUUGUACAGACCGUGUCUGCGAACAUUGUACGACAAGAAGAAGAAGAAAGAAAAAAAAAGAAAGAAAAUGCCAUCAAAUAAAGACCGGCUUUAUGUUGCACUGUAUGUUCGGGGAGGAGCGCCCGCCAUGCCGGACAAAGAAGACACAUACCAUUGGGCGCUCAUUCUCGGGCCCAAGAAAGAAACCGACGGCUUGAUGGGGAUGCGAUUUCACGUCAAGGAGCGGAUCCUGCCGGGCGGGCAGGGCACGGAAUGGGUCUUUGAGAACCCGCCCUGUCGCCUGGGAGCGACGAGCAUGUUGCUGGUUCGAAUCAUGGUCGGGAAGGUGAAGGAUAGUCAACGGUUAACGGAGAUCCUGCGCACGACGCCUGUUCGUGGGGAUGUGGGGGGGUGGAAUUGUGUUUCUUGGGUGAAGGAGGCGGUGGAGAGGGCCCAGGCGGAGGAGAAAGUCUUGGGGAAGUGCGUUCUCGAUUGGCAGACCGUGAGGGCUGCGGCGAUGGACUAUUGCCAGGAAAAGAAGGACCAGCAUCGGUUUGAUGGGCAGGGGGUUUUUGAUAUGAGUCGCGCGCCGACGUACGAUCUCAUCCAGCGGAAGGAGAGUAUCGGGUGAGGUGGUCUGAGCGAUGCUUGGGAAGGCCGAUAGUGUUGUACAUGGCGUCGUGAUGUCGUCGGUGUGUGCAUGAUGAACCGG